AUGGGGAUCGAGCUCACCCAGAGCGCGCCGGGGCCGAGACUCCCGCGCCGGCUCCUCUGCCCCUUCGUGGAGGGGUACUGCGGCAUCAUCCACAGGCUGCUGCAGGAGAUUCCUCUCGACAGCAGCAAGGAGCAGCUAAGGGUGAAGCAGCUGCUCUACUACAGCCUCCAGCUCUUCACCAACGUGGCCUACAGCACCUUCCAGUGCUCCCAGGCAAAGGGCUGGGGUGGCCUGGAGCAGCUGCUGGGGACGUGCCGGUGCGUCGUGGAGUGGAUGCUGGCGGCGCUGGAGGGGCUGCCCUCGGGCAAGCAAGCAGAGUCCCUCGAAAUCACUGCGUCGUGCACGUUUAAGCUGGCCUACAUCUUCUACAGCCAGAACCUUCACGAGGAGGUGGCCUCCCUCUCCACGCUCUUCUGCAAGAGGCUGGAGAGCGCGGAUGGCUCCCAGUACCCGGAGAUCCCUCCGGAAAAGCUGCACCGGUGCUUCAGGCUGCACGUGGAGAGCUGCUGGAAGCAGGGCCGGUUCGAGGAGGCCCUGGCGGCCGUCGUGCAGUGGUUGGUGGCCCUGCGGGACAGGGUGCGGGAGCAGAUGGUGGAGCCCGUGUCUCUCUGGACCCGAGUCAAGGCAGACGCCGCCAAGAAGGGCGCCCCGGAGAUCGGCUUGUGGACGCUGAAGGACGCCCUGAAGGGACGCGGCCUGGACACGGGGACCUUGGUGGCCUUGCUCUUCGAGGAGCUCAAGGCCUACAAGGGCGUGCGGGCCAGCACGGGCCGGGAGCGCUACAGCGUCGUCUGCGACCUGCUCGAGCUCUGCUCCGAGGACAGCGGCCGCGUGCACGAGCGCGCCACCGCCUUGGUGGAGCUGGCCCAGAUCUUGUGUUAUCACGACUACGCGGCCCACACUGACUGCUCCGCCCUGGACUCGAUCCAAGAGGCCUUGCGGCUGCUGGAGUCCGUGCCCAGGACUGCACAGAACCGGGAUGAGCUCCUCGAUGAGCAGGCGCAGGCCUUGCUCUGGCUCUACAUCUGCACCCUGGAGGCCAAGCUGAAGGAGAGCAUGGAGAGGGAGCAGAGAGCCAGAGCUCAGGUGCAGAAGAACCUGGACGACUUUGAGCCCAACGACCUCAACUACGAAGACAAGCUGCAGGAGGACAAGUUCCUGUACGACGGCAUCGUCUUCAACCUGGCCGCGGAGUCCGAGGCUUUGCUGGAGGUGCCUCCCCUCCCUGGCUGCUUUGCUCAAAGCUGCGACGUGUCCUUAGCUCAGUCCCGGAGCCUGGACGAUGCCUUCGCCCUGUGGAAGCAGCUCCUGGAGAAGAAGGGCGUUCCCGGCGUGCGCAGCCCGGAGCAGACCGUGGCCUCCCUGCGCAUCGUGGCAGCUCUCUACAAACUGAUGUCCAAGCCCCUGCAGGCCCUGGAGAGCUGCCUCCUGCUCAGAUCCCUGUGCAGUGCCCUUGGAGACAGCCUGGGCACGGCCGGCGCCUUGUGCCAAGUCACCAAGCUGCUCUUCCAGCUGGAGUGUCCCAGCUACGCCAAGCUUUUCCUGGAGGAGACGGAGUCCUGCCUGCGGGAGGCUGACACCAGCAGCGAUUCCUACCUGCUGUUGAAGCAAACGUGUCUCCUGCUCCGCAGCCAGCUCUGCUGCACCAGCCACCAGGUUGGAGAAGGCCUUGCCCUGCUGCUGGCCGUGCUGCAGAACCCAGCUCUGCAGAAGGCCUCCAAGGUCUGGUACCUGCUGCGAGCCCACGUGCUGCAGCUGACAGCCGCCUACCUGAGCCUCCCUCCUGCCCGUCUCCUGCCGGAGCUCCGGGAGCAGCUCUCCGCUCUGGGCUGGAGGACGCCCGAGACGGCUCUCACCGAAGCCCACAAGUUGUUCCGGAGCAUCGUCCUCCUGGUGAUGGGCAGCAACGUGCUGGGCUCCCAAAAGACUGCAUCAGACGUCCAGUUUGUGGAUUAUGGGGACAACCUGCUGCAGAAGUGGCAAGUGCUGACCGAUCUGCUGGCCUGCUCGGAGCAGCUCGUGGCUGCGCUCAGCCGGGUGGAGAUGGUGAGCGAAGCCAAAGCCUUCUGCUUGGAGGCCAUCAAGCUGGCCAUGAAGCUGCACGCGGCUCGGUGGUGUGUGGCCUUCCUGGUGCUGAAGGCGCAGCUGGAGCUGCAGCGCAGCGAGCCGGAGCUGAGCCGCUGCGACCUGCAGCAGGCCCAAUUCCUCCUGGAAUCCAGCACCGAGUUCGAGGGCAGCGAGAAGCGGCGCGGCCAAAGGAAGAUCCUGCCCCGCAAGGGCGAGCCGGGAGGCGGCGGCUGUCGGCGUCCGGGCUCGGAGCCUCCCGGGGAAGAGGACGCCUUCCUGAAGGGCCCCGCGCUGGAGUUCGUGGCCACGGUGAGCGCGCCGGCUCUCGCCACGUCCCCGGAGCUGAAGCCCAAGCAGAGGAGGCGCCUGGGCUUCCUCGGCCACCGCUCCGCGUGCUCCUGCUCCCUGUGCUCCGACCUGACCCUCUCGGCUCUCUGCCUGCGCUGGCUGCUCUCCUGCGCCCAGCUCGAGCUGGCCCAGGAGAAGCUGCGGGAGCACGUGGAAGCCGGCCUGGCCUUCCUGGAAUCCCGGCGGCCUCACUUGCCCGCCUUGGAGAUCUCCAGGGCCACCCUGCUGCUCGCCAAAGCCACCGCCACCAUCUGCACCCUGGUCCCCCAUCGCAAGGACUCUGUGACCGACGUCUUCUCCAGCGCCUGGUCCUGGCAGCUGCCGCUGACUCCUGUGGAGCCCAAAGGAUCAGCCGCCCUCAAGGCGCUCGAGGCGGCCAAGGCUCUGCCCCAGAGGAGCAGCAGCAGGAAGGGGUCAGUGACAGCCCCCGGGCCCAAGGCCAGGGUGAAGAAGAGCCAGAGGGCGAAGGCCCUGGCUGCCCCGGACUCGUACGAUGUCUUUGCCGUGGACGACCUGGACGCGGAGGUGCCCCCCAUCGUUAUCCGCCCGGGGCCGCUGCCCCGCACCCCGCACCAGAAGCCCUGUCCCCCCGGCAAGGCCGCGGCCCCCAGGGCUCCCUUCAGGGUGUUCAUCGAUUCCUCCCCUUCGCCCGCCAAGUGCCAGCUCCCGAAAGCCCCCCGAGCCAAGGGCAGAGCCAAGUCCCGCCUGAAGGUGACGUUCAGCGAUGACAGCGACGUGGAGGAUCCCAAACCGAGGGCGACCGCAGCCACUGGCAAAGCCCCAGCUUCCAGCUGCAGGACUUCGGAGCCCACGGGCCGUUCCCGGAAAGUCCCGGCCCCCAAAUCCACAGCGGCCGUCGCGGCGGGAUCCCGGACAACGCGGACAAGCUGCUGCAGAGCUGGCGGCGCGGAGGAGAAGAGAGAGCAGGCGACCCGCAGGGCUCCCAGGCGGAGAGGGGAGGAGAAGCGGGAGCUCAUGAGGACCAUCGAGGAGGAGGAGAAGCUUGACAUCAGCCUGGAGGUUUUGCGGGCCUCUGAGGAAGAGGAGGGAGCGCCAGAUGCCGCUUCCCUGGCUGCAGCCUGCGAGCUCCUGAAAGCCGCUUUCAACUGCGUCAGCCACUGCCCUCCCGGCGCUCUCUACAGCCGGCUCUGCCAGCUGCUGGCGCUGGCGCGGGGCGAGCGGGACCCCGCGGGCACCGCGUACCUGCUGUGCGAGGCCGUCUCGGUCACCCUGCGCCACCAGCUGCUCAGCACCCUCCACAGGAACCUCCAUCGGCUCCAGGAGCUCUUUGCGUUCAGCUCCUCGGAGCUGGGGCCUCGGGAGCGGGACAGCUUCCAGGAGCAGCUGGAGCAGAUUCCCAGCGGGGUGACCGUGUGCCUCCUGACCCUCGUGAGCCUCCAGGCAGCCUCGGCGGGGGACACGCUGCUGCUGACGGAGAAGGGCAGCGCUCCCGUCUCCAUCCGCAUCCCCACGGGCUGCUCCAAGGCCCCGCUGAGCUCCGUGCUCAGGGAAUUCGAUGCCAUCCAGAGGGAGCAGAAGGAAUCCAUCAACUGCACGGACCACGUGGAGUGGUGGCAGCGCCGCUUGAAGCUGGACCA